CACCGAUCCUAAAGUUUUUGACUUUCUAGAUAAGAUUAAAUCUAUUGGGAGUAAACAGCUUACAACGCAGUGGAAACACUUGGAACAAAAGAAAUGUCCGUCAAUGACGUUGUGCUGUUAUCCAUUUGUGUUUUAUUCAUUUCCAGUUCAAGUUGCCAAGAAAAUUGCCCAAAUAUCAACUCUAGGUCACUAUGGGGCGCCAGAUCGCCCUUGUCUGUGAGCUACAUGUCCGGAAGUCCGUCACUGGUCAUCGUGAAAGAAACGGGGACGACUGAGUGCAUGAGCAGAGGGAACUGCCUGUCAGCGGUAAAGAACAUUCAGAACAGCGAUGUCCUCAUUCAUGGUAAACAAGAUAUUGCUUGCAGCUUUCUAGUUGGAGGAGAUGGCUUAGUCUACGAAGGUCGAGGCUGGGACAUACAACCAGAGUACCCAGACAGUUUAGAGAUUUGUGUUAUAGGCAAGUUUGAUAAAAACACCCCGACCAGCGCCCAGAUAAGCGCACUGGCGGCAUUGAUCGAGUGCGCUAUAAGUAAAGGCAAGUUGACCAGUGCGUACACGGUCCAGACACCACGUGAUCUGACAGCCACCUCGGACAACCCUGGCGACAUGCUGUAUAGCCUGGUGAAGCAACUGCCCCAUUAUUUUGUCACCACGAGUAGCGCGACGUCUAUAACACAAGCCACGACAAUAAGCACAUAAGGGAACAUAAAGACAGUGAAAAGAUUCAUGUGAAUCAACUUGUUUUACGUCUAAAACUAACAAAAUCUAGUUUUCUCAACUACAAUUUCAUUCAUAAAUAAAUAUAUUUCAAAAUGCA